AUGAAGAGUUUAAUUGUUGAACCUUUACGGCAUUCAUCAUCAUCAGCUCUCUCGAGAAUCUCUCUUCAAGAAAAGUUUCUGGAUACAUUUGCCUACAUAUUAAUAACUGCAGUUAAAAAAGUCAUCACAGCAAUACGACAAACUUUAUUUAAUUUCAGUGUUAAUCAAGUUACUUUAUUGGAACUUAGUGAAAUAGUUUAUAUUCUCGCCACAAACUAUAAAAGACAAGGAGGACAUUAA